AUGUUUUGGACUCCAUGUGCAGCCCACGGUAUAGACCUUAUGUUUGAAGACAUAGGAAAAAUUCCAAAGGUUGAUAAGGUUAUAAAAAAUGGAGUUAAGGUUGUGGGUUACAUUUAUAACCACACAUUUGCUUUGAAUCUAAUGAGAAAGAUUACCGACAAUGUUGAAUUGGUUAAAAAUGGAGUGACAAGAUUUACUACAUUUUUCCUUACUCUACAAAGGUUGCAAGAACUAAAAAGUAAGCUUAGAGAGAUGUUCACUUGUGAUGAAUGGGUGAGUUCCAAGUGUGACAAGGAUGCUAAAGGAAAAAUGGCAACUAGUAUUAUACUUAUGGCAUCAUUUUGGAGUGAUGUUGUGUACACUCUUAAGGUCAUGGCACCUCUUGUAGAUGUGCUAAGAAUGGUUGAUAACGAAAGAAAACCCGCAAUGUGUUACAUAUAUGCCGCAAUGGGGGUAGCCAAAGAAUCAAUUGAAAAAACUUUUAAUUCAAAUUCAAGCAAGUAUAAAGUCGUAUUUGACAUCAUUGAUAAAAGAUGGGAGUGUCAACUUCAUCAUCCAUUACAUUCUACAGGUUACUAUCUCAAUCUUGAAUAUUAUUAUGAGAAACCAGAAAUUGAGAAUGAUCUUAAAUUGGUGAGAGGCCUCCGUAAAUGCAUUGAGACACUUAGUGAAAGUGAUGAAGUGGAAGACAAAAUUUCAGUCCAAUUGGCACAGUACAAGGAUGCUACAUGUCUCUUUGGUAUAAGAGCGGCAAUUAGACAAAGGUUGACAUUAGCUCCAGGUCAACAAUUAUUUAUUUUUUACUUGCAGCUGAAUGGUGGAAGUCUUAUGGAGCUGAAACUCCUGAUUUUGCAAUUGUUGGUUGUUAAAGUGUUGAGUUUGGGUUGCAGUGCUUCCGGAUGUGAGCGUAACUGGAGCAUCUUUGAGCAUUUGGAGCAUCAAAGGUUGCAAGACUUGGUUUUCAUAAAGUAUAACCAAGCAUUGGUUGAAAGAUUUGAAAUUCGGGACAAGAUUGAUCCUAUGGAAUUUAGUGAAAUUAAUUAUCACACUCAAUGGUUGGUGGAAGAGAUGGGAGAAGAUGGUGAACCUUUACAAGAAGAUUUGGUUCAUGAAGAUGAUGAUUUAACUUGGGCUCAAGUUACCGAAACAAGUGGGACUAAUGAGCCUGUAAUCUACACUAGGAGGUCAAGACUACUUGAAGGUGCAAGUACAUAUAGGGCAUAA